GAGUCGAUUGUUGAAUAUUCAGAAAUUGGGCGAAGUUAUACUUAUAAUAUUAUUAAAGAAGGACAAUAUCUGCCUACUACUUAUCUGAAAUAUACACAAUGGCAAAAUGGAUUUAGAAUUCCUGAUAAUUAUGAAUUAGAAAUACUUCAACAAAUAAGAGAUACUAAAAGGCGAGCAACAGUUUUAAAACCAUUUGAUAAUUUAACUUCAACUGAACAAAAUAAUCGAGCUAAGAAAGUCGCAAAAUCUGUAUAUGAAAUAUUUGAUCAAAUAGCAACUAAAAAUUGUCAUCCAAAAGAUAAACCUAAUUUAACGUCAAUUGGAUUUGAUAUUAAAGAUCAAUCCUUUUACUUUAAUAUUGAUGAGAAAAAUGUCGAAGAUACAAAAAAUAAAACAAGAGCUGUUGUUCAAGCAUGUGAUAAAGGUCAAGUAACAUGA